GGAAAAAUGAAUUCUUUCAAGGGUUCUAAUUUUGUAAUAUUAGCAGUGCUCUUUUGUUUGAUUCUUUCUCUUUCUGUAUUUGCUGAGGCUUCGUCGAGGAACAAACAUAAGCCCAAAUCAAAAAAAUCAACGUUUGGUGUUGGAUUCUAUAAAAGAUCAUGUCCAGCUUCUGAGGCCAUUAUAAGAAAAGCCGUAUUCAAAGCGGUUCUGAUGAAUCCCGGCACUGCUGCUGGCAUUAUUCGCAUGCAUUUCCAUGACUGCUUUAUCAGGGGUUGUGAUGGUUCGGUGUUGCUUGAUUCGGUGAGAGGAAAGGAAACGGCUGAGAAAGAUAGUCCCAUUAACAACCCAAGCCUUCGAGGGUUUGAGGUUAUUGAUGAAGCAAAAGCAUUGCUGGAAAAAGUAUGUCCGCGCACAGUUUCGUGCGCGGACAUACUUGCCUUUGCUGCAAGAGAUAGCGCCUUGUUCGCGGGAGGCAUAAGCUAUGCUCUUCCAGGAGGACGUCGCGAUGGCCGCAUUUCGCUGAGCUCCGAAGUCAUUCAAAACCUCCCUCCACCUUUCUUCAAUGCCCAACAACUUCAAGACAACUUCAAAAGAAAAGGUUUGUCACUUGAUGAGAUGGUGACUUUGUCAGGGGCUCACUCUAUUGGUCGCACUCAUUGCUCUUCCUUCUCUAAUAGACUUUACGGUUUCAAUGCUACACAUCCUCAAGAUCCUUCCCUUGAUCCUAGAUAUGCUUCAUUCUUGAAAAAUAAGUGCCCUCGACCUAUUAGUGACACCCAAGUUGAUCCAAUUGUUAAUCUUGAUAUUUCAACCCCUAAUCGUCUAGACAACAAGUACUAUCUCAAUUUGAAGAACCAUAAGGGACUGUUGACUUCUGAUCAAACAUUGUUUGAAAGUCCUCUAACUUCUAAGCUGGUUUUUAACAACGUUAAAUAUGGCUCGACAUGGGCACGUAAGUUUGCUGCUGCAAUGGUUCAUAUGGGCUCCAUUGAAGUUCUAACUGGCAACAAGGGAGAGAUCAGAAAGAAUUGCCAUUUCGUCAACUGAUUUUGGCUUUGUUUUUAUUUGAAAUUUCUGUAAGAUUUUUUUGUUCCUUUGAUUCUUCAUCUUAUACUAUUCUGUUGGUUGUCUAAUGUAAUGUAAGAAUACGAAUUGUAUCAUCGAAUAUAUUUAAUAUGCUUACAGAAGAGAAUA